AUGCUUUCUCAGAAUUCAACAAGUUCUUUAAAUGAUACUUAUGUUCGUCCUUUGGGAUUUUAUAUAACUGGUUUUUCCAACAUACCAUAUAUAGAAUACUAUUGUGUUUUAUUAUCUGCUGUUUAUAUUUUAACAGUGAUAGCUAAUUCUUUCAUUAUUUUAAUAAUAUGUGUUGAGCAACGUCUUCAUACCCCAAAAUAUGUUGCUGUUUUUCAUGUAGCUGUUGUUGAUGUGUGUGCCAGUACAACAAUCAUUCCCAAAUUAAUUGAAACACUUAUUUUAGGUUCCCAAUUUAUUAAUUAUGAAACCUGUUUGGCUCACAUGUAUUUUGUGUUUUUUUUUAUUUGUUUGCAAUCAUUUUCUCUUGUAAUAUUAGCCUAUGACAGAUUAAUUGCUAUCUGCUUUCCACUGCAAUAUCAUGUAAUUAAUACUAAUACAAGGAUGGGUGUUGUUGUUGCAGUAGUGUGGGUAUUUACAACAGUUGCUGUGAUUGUACUUGUACUUCUAGUUCAUCGUCUGUCCUUCUGUAAAUCCACUGUGAUAACAAGUUUUUUUUGUGACCAUGGACCUGUCUACCACCUGGCCUGUAAUGACACUUUUCCAAAUUUUAUAAUGGCCAGAAUCAGUAUGACAAUAGGGCUUUUUGCUCCUCUGAUUUUGAUUACAUUGUCAUAUGUUUGCAUAAUAUUUGCACUGUUAAAAACUGCAACAGCAGACGGUCGGUGCAAAGCAUUUAAAACAUGCACUUCACAUUUAAUGUUGGUGGCAAUAUAUUAUAUACCAUUAUUAGCGACGUACAUACAAUCAAUGGUCUCUGAGACUAAUUCAAACACCAGAAUCUUAAAUUAUUUAUUGUCAGCUUCCAUUCCACCUCUCCUAAACCCCAUUAUAUAUUCUCUAAAAACUGAAGAAAUAAUGGAAUCGUUUAAAAGGCUUUACAGAAGAAACAGAAUUUUUCAAGCAAAAUAA